CUUGCAGUCGACAAGCUCGCCCACGCUCCGGCGAUGGGUGGCCUGAAAGGCCAAGCCACCUUUGAGAGCUGGGUCAACUUCACGCCGACAUGGGUGGCGCUCAUGCAUCGUUUCAGACACGUCGUCUUCACCUUCUGGGUGAUGGUGAGCCUCCUCGGCGUCUAUCACGCCGAGACGGUCGUCUCGUCCAUCACCUCCGAUCUCGCAACCAUACCUGGUCGCUGGCAGCCAGCCUACAUGCGCGACUCGCUGCAGGCCGCGGACGCACUCAAGCACAAGUUCCCCUCCCUUGCCGGCGAGAAGGCCAUCAUCCGCGUGCGGCGGGUCGACGGCGAGUUUGUGCUCUCUGAUAAGACGCACGCGUUUUGCAAGUCGCUCGACGCGUCGGUGGCAUCCUUCCUGCCCGAGGGGCUGCUGCUUGGUGUCGACUCGAUCUACAACUACUGGAAGCCCACUUGGGUGAGCAACAAGCCGCCGCAGUUUGUCAAGGAGCUCUUCCUGACCGAGGGCGACUCGGCCAUGCUCGUCGUCAUCUACCUAAACUACUCCUACCCGGAGCACCUCGACCAUGUCGUCACCGGAGGGGGGGACAUGGUGACCAACGCGCAGCUCGAGCUGGCCGGCCCCGUGGCCUACUCGGUCUUCUUGGGGGGCGACCUCACGAUGCGCCAAGACAUGCUCAUCGCCGUGCAGAGCGACGCCGCGUUUGUCCACACACUGACGCUGCCGAUCGCGACGGCGCUGCUUGCGCUCUACUUCCGCUCGCUGCGCAUCAUGCUCAUCCCCCUCCUCACCAUCACCCUCUCCCUCUCGGCGAGCCUCCUCAUCACGUACGGCGCGUCGCGCCUGCUGCCGCUCCACUAUUUGGUGCCCGUCCUCCUACUCUGCGUCACGCUCGCCACGUCGGUCGACUAUUGCCUCUUCUUCCUCGCGCGACUCAAGGACGAGAUGCAGAAGCCGGACGGGCCUGACAAGCCGACCUACCACCAGGCCGCUCUACUGCUCGAGCUGCGGCGCGCCGCACGGCGGCUCCAAGUUUUGCACAAACUGCGGCGCCAAACUGCCGCCCUUGACCAACGGCGUCGCCGCCGCCGCCGACGCCGCCGCGCGGGCCCUGUCCGGCGCCGACGCCGCCGCGCCGCCCUCCGAGCCGCUCGACAUUGGCUGGGGUGCCUUUGGGCGGUGGACGGUGCGCAACCGGGCGGGGGUGAUGGCGGCGGCGGCGGUGCUCGCGUUUGUGGUGUCGCCCGCGUCGCUCGAGACAAAGUUCACGUCGAGCCCGCAGGCCAUUUUUCCGAACGGGUUCCCUUCGAUGGACUUUGCUCGCGAGCUCAUCGACUCGUAUGGCGAGGGCCGCAUCUGGCCGUACUACCUGAUGCUCGACGCAAACGAGGGCGAUACCGUCUUCUCGGACGAGUUCUUCGACGCGGCGGGCGACUUUCUGCGCGACGUCAACGCCUCGCUCGCCUCGCACCAGGUGGCUGUCCAGUCGGUGAUGGGGCUGAUGUACCUCAACGGCGAGUACGUCCGCUGGACGGAGCUGCAGGCGAUGCUCCAGUUCGCGAACGGCGACUGCGGCGAGCGCGAGCGGCAGCAGAUCCAGAAGAAGCUCGCCGAGGCGUCGGAGCUGGUCGGCAAGCAAGUCUCAGACACGAUGUCCAGCAUGACAACCAUGAUCGACUCGAAGCGCCCAAGCGACCCGAGCGGCGGCGCAGCCGCCGAGGACCCGGCCAACCCCGCCGGGCUCACUGUGCAGCCGCCGCUGCGCGAGGAGGCGGCGGCCGCCGUCUCCAAGAGCGACCUGGACCGGCUCGCGCUCGGGGCCGGGCUCUUCUUUGGGCAGCUGGUCAAGGAG